AUGGACAACAUCCCUAUCACGAACACACCGCCAAACACUCCGAUGUCAGACUCGGGACCCACCCUCUUCGAGUGCGUUGUUUGCACCGACGAAUGCCAAUGGCCAUCAACUCUCGAGAUCUUCGGGCACUGCAUGUGCAAAGAAUGUUUCGACAGGGGCAUGAAGCCUCAAUUCGAAAACCAUCUCAAGAACGAGUUUUGCGCACCCAAGUGGGAAGGCGAUCUGAUCAAUCUCGAUUCCGUCAAAGCUAACUUUACACCAGAAUUUAUUCGAGAGUACAAACUGAAGAUGGACGAAUAUGCUGUGUUCCCCAACCGCCGAAUCUACUGCGCUGGUCGCAAUGGUGAGCACUGUGGAGCUUUCAUCGGAUCGAAAGAUGAGAUGCCUGCAGCUGCGGCAUGCCUAAAGUGCGGCGCACUGACUUGUGCUGAAUGCAGUUCGAGCCUCAAUCCACGUGCUUUAUACAAGCAUCACUGCCAAGAGCAGAAGGAGAAUACAUCGGCCAUGGAUGGUCUGCAGAGGGGCAAAGAUUUCCAAACCUGCCCAGAAUGCGCUACACCAUGUGAACUGAUGGAUGGCUGCAACCAUAUGACAUGCGAAUUGACAGCAUGCGGUUGCGAAUUCUGCUUCAUCUGCGGCGAACACGCCAUGGAAGGUCAAGGGCAUUGGGACGUCGGCAAGCCAUGUCCGAAGUACAAUCACCCGGACGAUGGCAAUGCAAUGUUCGAGCCCCCUGGGCUAGCUGGGAUACCGCUGGGCGGUGACCCCAAUGAGUGGCCCGUUCACCCUGACGAUGGCAAUGCAAUGUUCAUGCCUCCUGCGAUACAGUGGGACCGCUGGCCCAAUCACCCUGAUGGGCUACCGGCCGAUCCCUUCCUUGACUGGCCUGAGACUCAAGACAUUCAGCAAGCUGAUGCCGACAUGGACAUUCUGAUGACCGAAGUCACCCGCGACGAGAACGAUCGACGCGUGUUGAACGACCCUGGGCAGCCAGAAGCGAUCCUGCGACGUGUUGAUCGCCAGAAGUUGGACGAGAUCCAAUCUGCUGUACUCAGCGUUCUUCAAGUCACAGCACACCAGGGGCAGGUGCAACCUUGGAUGCCCAUGCUUGUGGACUUCAUCUCAAUUCUGUCGCCUCUGCUCCAGAUAUACACUCUGCAGAGCUCACCAGAAGAGGUGCGACAAGCGUGGACAAGAUACCGGCAGGCUAUAGCAGCUGACCUAGACCGCACCGUCACGAUUAGGAAUAUUCCUGAAGUAAUGCGCCGCUUUCCAGAUCUUUUGCCCAUCAUCAACAGAUGGCAGCUCACAGAUUCCGGCGCAGAAGGAUGGCAAGAGCAGUUCCGACUCCAACUGAUUGAGAAGCAGCGGGUUCAAGCUAUCCAACAGGAAGUCGACGGGCUACUCUUCGCAAUGCAGAAUCGUUGA